ACCGGUUUUUUCCUUGAUCUCGCACAGGACGCUGAAUAAUGCAGGUUUCAUCCGGUGACAGUUCAGCGCAUGUUUCCUGUGCAGAAAGAAAACAGCGUGACUUGGGGGACGACAUUAGCAUAACAUGCUAAUUGCGAGACGGGGUACAGAGUGACGAAAUGCAAAUUGACCAAAACAAAAACAGAUUGCUGUCACGACGAGUGACACGUCAGAAAAUGCUGUGCUGCGUCCGUGCUGCAUUUCGACGGGAUGAUGCUUUGAAGGGACAAAGUUAAACAAAUCAAAGGGGGAAAUUAAUCAGAGAUCACUCGUUGAAAUGGCCGAAGAGGGUCUGCUGGAGCGCCUCCUCAUCACCGACGCCCGCCGGGGGGCCGCGAGCGCCGAGGCGGCUCCGAAAGGGGAAGCGGAACACGCGGGAGGGGACGAGAGCGAAGGCGAGGCGGCGGGCGAGAAAAUGUGUUCAGAAGUGCAGAGAGGCGCGGAAAAACCACGAGAGGACGACCGGACGGGGGAGGCUGUUGUGAAAAUGAAAGAAGAGGAGGAAGAAGAAGAAGAAGAAGAAGAGGAGGACGACAACAACGCAGGGCAUGGUGAGAUGAUGAGGCUCAAGAGUAAACCUGAGGAAGCCACUGACGCAGUCACAGAGGAUGGAAAGGCCGCUCAAAAAGACCCUGCAGUGCAGGUGAAGAGGUUAAAUUCCUCCCAGCAACCACCCGAAGGGACAAACCGAGAGAAGGAUCCUAAAAAGGCUCACCGGUUAACUCCUGACUUCCCGGAGGCCCUGUACGAGCUGCUCUGCACCCUCCAGGAGGGGAGACGGCUCAACGACCAGCGCUGCUCCUUCCAGCUGGAGGGCGGGAUGAGGCGGAGGAGGUGCCACUCGGAGCCCAACACCUCCAAGCCGGCCAACAGAGUUGUGUUCUCCUCCAUGACUUCGCUGCAGAAAGAGGAGUUUUUCGACCUGCUGGCCACGUCUCAGGCUCGCCGGCUCGACGACCAGAGGUCGCAGCUCGAAAAGUCUCAGCCGGCCAAGCCGAAAUCCCGGGGCUUCAGGGGCAGCAUAAAGCAACUGUCUUUUGCGAGGAGGCCCCCGCCGGCCCCGGCCCCCGUGCCCGUGCCCAAAGAAGACCUGUACAAUAUGAUUCUCACGACGCAAGCCCAGGGCCGCCUGGAGGAUCAGCGCUGCAGGGCACCCGGCCCCAUGGACGAUGAGGACUUCUUCUCCCUGCUCCUGAGGGUCCAGGGGGGCCGCAUGGACGAGCAGAGGACAGAACUGCCAUGCAUGCUGCAAACCUGAGAUUGGACUACCGCCCCCCCACCACCACCACCACGCACCCCCCUCCCCCGAAACACGUGGAAGCCAUCCAGUAUUGCAGCCUCUCUCUUUUUUUUGGUCUAUUUUGAAGUCCCAACAAGUUUUUUUUUAUUUUUUUUAUCUGUUGUUGUUGACCCUGAUAGCGCUUGGUCUUCGGGGGAAAUGUUUUCUGUCUCUUGAUUGUUUGUCGCUGCUGAAAAAAACGCUAAUGUUGGAGCUUUUUAAUGCAACUCGCGAGACGUUCGUGAUGAGAUGUUAAGUUUACGGUCAGUUAGUCUUAUCGGAGAUCAGCAGAUUCGCCUUCAUAUCCCGCCAACCGUUGUAUUUUAUUGAGUGUGUGUGUGUGUGUGUGUGUGAUGAGUGGAAGGAUUUUGUGCGAGUUCCCGUUGUUGUUGUUGUGGCGGCGGCGGCAUUCUACUGAUCUUCAUAGUUUCUCCUUGUGUGUGUGUGUGUAUAUACAGCCGACGUUAAACCCACCGGGGAUGGUGGUGUCGAGGAGGUAUGUGGCUCAUUCUCUUAACGGGGGAAAUAAACAAAAUGUUGAUCUGAGCCAUUUGCAUUCUCUCCCUUUUUAUUCAAUUUUGUUUACAAAGGCAAAAUAGAUUUAAGUUGCUCUAGUGAGGUCUUCAUUCUCAUUUAUUUAGAUAUAUCAAACACAAAAGCCUGUAGUUGCAAACAUUUUAGGGGUCACAAUAAACGGGGGAGUGUAAACCCCCCUUUUUUCUUUCCCUUUUUUUAGUAGGAA